AUGCUAGAGGAUUUCUUGAAAAAGAAAAAAGGUUUUGAGGAAGUUAGAGAGGAAGAGAGGGAAAAGGAGGCAGGGGGAGCAUUUAAAAAAAGUAGGAAGACGCAUAGAUCGCCGGAAGGAAAUAUGAAGGAGGUGGGGGAGGGAAAAUUGGAGGGUAUGAUGAAGGAAAUGAUGAAGAAGACGAGAAUGAUGUGGGGUAGAGUGGAGGAGAGCCUGGGUGGUAUAAGAAGGGAGAUAGAGGAAAUUAGAAUAAAGGAGGAAGAAUGGAAGGUAGAGAGGGAGAGGCUGGAGGAAAGGAUUACAAUUUUGGAAAGGAAGUUCGAGGGAAGUGAUAAAGGAAGGGACAGGAGUGAAUUAGAAGGGUUGGAAAAAAGAAUGAGGAUGUUGGAAGUAGGGGUGAAAGGAAGUUUAGAAAGGAUGGGAACAGGGUUAAUAAGAAGAAUGGAGGGAAGGAUAGAGGAGAUGGAGAAGAGGAUGGAGAGAACGGAUAGGGAAGAGAAAAAGAACAAUAUAGUGGUGAAAGGGAUAAAGUUUGAUAAAGGAAAAGAGAUCGAACAAAUUGAGAAAGUUUUGAAAGAUAUUGCGGGGGAUGUGAAGGUGGGGAAGGUAAGCUAA